AUGAGUGACAAUAAAGUUAAAGGAAAACAGGCUUCUAGUCGGCUAUUAGGCAUGAAGUUCAUGCAAAGAUCGAUGGAAAAGGAAUUGCAGGAAGAACAUGAGAAAGAACGGAAGCGCGUAAUUUCGGAAGCAGAAUGGACAGUGGAUUAUGACACAGGAGAGCUUCAGAAGCCAGCCAUUCGUGUAGAGUAUCAACCUAGUUUCCUCGCCUUCUCAACUACGACAACAACCGGAAGAAAGUCGUUUAAAGGAUUCAACAAAGAUAUUGAGGAAGGCGAAGUUGACAUUGAAAAGACGGAACGUUUGAAACGUGAGGAAGCAGCAGAAGAAGCGCAUUCGAUGUCAGAUAAACAGAUGCUUAACAGCAAAACAACUAUACGCUCUUUUAUGCGACCUCCCAAGAGAAAGGACACAUCUAAGGAAUCUGCAGAGUCUGAUAAUGUUGACGGUGAAAAGAAAAAGAAGAAGAAGAAGGCAAAGCUGGAAAACCAGGGAUUUAUCAGACCUAAAUAG